GCAAAGUUGUAAACACAUCACAACCUCUCAACACAAACCCUUUACCAUUCAUUCUCCUCUUCUUCAUCACUUAAGAGAAAGCAAAGUCCUCUUUUUCUUCUUUCUUACUUCUCUUUUCUUUUCAAUUGAGACUUCAAUUACUGUAUAAGCCUUUACAUCUCGUUUGACCUUGAUCACUGCCACAACCACUAUCUUAAGAUUCAUUCAUUUAGAAAGGGAGAAGUUGGAGCAUCAUGGAUUUUGAUCUCAGGUCUAGCGUUCAUUCUGCUAAGCACCUUUCUACGGUCCAAGCUUCAAGGCUUCACUCUGAUGAUUAUUCAGUGUUCCAGUAUACAGACGUAGAUGACGAUCCUCAAUCUCACUUCCGAUGUCCUUUCUGUGAUUUUGAAAUUCAAGUUCGCGUCCUCUGCAGCAAUUUAGAAGAGGAGCAUUGUCCUGACCUAAAAAAUGUGGUUUGUCCUGUCUGUGAUCAAAAUUUAGGGAGGGAUGUUAUCAGGCAAUUCACUCAUUCAAAUCCACGAAAGUGGAUGUGGAAGUCUGAGAAAUAUAAUUUCUGGUCGGGUAAUUCAGCUAUGCUUGGCAAGAAAUUGGCUGCAAUGGGAAACAAGCAAGAAUCAAUGCCGGAUCCGCUUCUGUCACCGUUUAUCUGCAACAUGCCUGUCCCAAGCUCUAAUGACAUCCACCCUAAUGAAGACUCCAGCUCCAGCAAGAAGGACUUAGACAUUCCUGAUGCUAAAAGGUCAGGGACAGAUGCACCACGCAUUGGCAAUGAGCAAGAUCUACAAGAGAGAAAGCUGAGGGCUGAUUUUGUUCAAAGUUUGGUAUUAUCAACCAUACUAUAAGACCGUGAUGGUAGAAUUUGCAACAUCCACGUUGAAGUCAUGAUGAAUUGGCAGAAGCUGCUUUCAUAAGAAGAUGACCUUUGAUGAAGAUGCUUUUUCAGCAUAACUGGGAUUUUAGUUUGGUGAACAAGAUUAGGAAUGCGUAGUAGUAGUACCGUAGCAGUAUAACUGUAUAAACAGUAGUAGUCUCUUUGGUGAUGCAAAUUUAAAAAAAAAAAAAAAUAUUGGAGGCUGGAGGGGUUGCCUCAUUCUAAUGCCCUUUGUAUUUAUUUAACUAUUAUUAUUAUUAUUAUUAUUAUUAUUAUUAUUAUUAUUAUUAUUAUUAUUAUUAUUAUUAUUAUUAAUUUGUAAUUACAUUUUCAUAUUUUUAAUUGAAUUUUUAAAUUAAUUUAA